AUGCUGCAUCCAAGCAAUGACCCGCCAUUGGAUGACAACUUGAUUUUUCAGAAGGAAUGGAAGGUGGCGAAAGCGCGGACCUUGGGGAAGGGUGAAAGGCCACGUGGCGACCCCAUGGCUAACACUGGUAACGACACGUACUUGCCAGAGGACUUCUCCAGGCUCUGCAGGUUCAUGGCCGACACGGGCAGCGCAUCGAGUAAGCUCAAGUGGAGCUUGGCUCAGGUGGCCCUCGUGCAGGUUACCAUCCUCCUCCUGCACUUCUGCGUCGGGCGGCAUAAUGAUGCGCGUAUCAUGCACACGUGCGACAUUGGUCGCCCCACAAAGCUGCCAGGCGUCAGGCCCUGCGAUGCAUAUGCAACCUGUAUGGUUUUGUAUGGCGGAAAGACGCAGCAGGGUGGUCGUGCCGUACAUGCUUCCAUCCUGCGUGGAGCAAAUGCUGUGGAGUGUCCCAUACGUGCGCUGGUGGAGUACCUUUACGCCAUGUACACCCUGGGUGGCGAGGAGUACCCUGACCCACUAAAAGAGGAGGACUGUGCCAUUGGGCUGUGGACGACUAAGAAGCUUCAUGCGAUGCGGGUUGCACCUGCCCGGAUCCUUGAUGCCUAUGGGAUAUCACUGGACAGUAUCAAGCGUAUUGGUCGCUGGAAUAGGGAGCCAGCUGUCUCGUCAUACCUUGUGAGCCAGCCCACAGACGGAUUGCUCACACUUGCGGGCUUUCCUUGCACCGCCCCAAACACCCCGGCCACAGCACACUGGGCACCCCGUUUCAUGGUUCAGAUACCUGAGGAAGUGCUGUCCGUCUGCGUACUCGAGCUGUUUCCCUUCCUGACGAAGCUCAGGCCAGCGGUUGCAGAAGUUCAGACGCGCCAGGCCACAGGGUGCAAUGCUCGCUUGUCUGUGCCGUACCACUUGCAGUUCCUGGAGUUUGCAGCUCGGUGUGCAGUCCAGGACGCAUUGGAGCUUGCAAACACCUGCCCUAACAACCUUUUAGUCCUCUGCUUACAGAAGAAUCCAAUGUGGCAGCAGGUCUACUCCCGCUACAGGCACGCUCUUGCUAAUGGGGAAAUUGCGGCCACAAAACCCCCCAUCGCCAUAGACCUACUUGGGGGGAUUCAGAGGCAGUUGGUAACCUUACAGCAGACAGUUAAUGGGCAGCAGGGGGCCAGCGCCGCGGCCAGGGAGGUGCGCCAGCCCGCGGGGGCGCAGGUCCUCCCCUUAGGUGCGCACGGCGAGCGCGUGGAUCUGCAGCUGGGCCCCGAACUGGACUACGAUGGGCAGCAGGGGUUCGGCGCCGCGGCCAGGGGGGUGCGCCAGCCCGCGGCGGUGCAGGUCCUCCCCUUAGGUGCACACGGUGCACGCCUGGAUCUGCAGCUGGGCCCUGAACUGGACUACGAUGGGCAGCAGAGGUUCAGCGCCGCGGCCAGGGGGGUGCGCCAGCCCGCGGCGGCGCAGGUCCUCCCCUUAGGUGCACACGGCGCGCGCCUGGAUCUGCAGCUGGGCCCUGAACUGGACUACAAUGGGCAGCAGAGGUUCGGCGCCGCGGCCAGGGGGGUGCGCCAGCCCGCGGCGGCGCAGGUCCUCCCCUUAGGUGCACACGGCGCGCGCCUGGAUCUGCAGCUGGGCCCUGAACUGGACUACAAUGGGCAGCAGAGGUUCGGCGCCGCGGCCAGGGGGGUGCGCCAGCCCGCGGCGGCGCAGGUCCUCCCCUUAGGUGCGCAAUCGGGUCUGCAGCUGGCAUACAGUGGGCGGCAGGAGGUCGGCGCCACGGCCAGGGACCUUCUCCAGCCGCUGUCUACGACUAGUAAGAAGCGCAAGCGGGAGAAGGAUGAGCUACGCGAGCAGGUUGAUGAGCUUAAGCAUUUGCCACCAGGGCACAGGCCAUGGCCAGAUCUUUCAGAUAUCCAGGUCCUAUUUCAGAUCUUCACCUAUGGCCGCCCUGGUGCCUAUCCAUCUCUGCUCCAGCUUGAGGAGAAGUACCAGUCGAAGUGGCGGCAGGGAUACAAGCAGCGCUGGCAGGAGAUUAGGUACUUAUAUGACAAAUGCAUCGUGUGGACCGCUUCACAGCGUCGUUGCACGGUGGUCCAGGCUGCACAGUUCUGGCUUGCUGUGCAGCAGAGGAAGCAGCUUAGCCUGGACCAGCUCCGACAAUAUGUGAAAGAGCAAGAGCUUCGGGGCGAGCUGGAGGCUAUUGUCACCCCUGUGCGCCCUGAGAUGUACAAAUCUCCUGUAAAGGCAGCACAAAAGGUGACUCUCCGAAGAGUUCUGGCUAGCGGGGCGGGGGAGGCGGCAGCUGCAGUGCAUACAGGCGGAACAGGCAGCGGGGCUGGGGAGGCGGCAGCUGCGGUGCAGACAGGUGGAACGGGCAGCGGGGCGGGGGAGGCGGCAGCUGCGGUGCAGACAGGCAGAACGGGCAGCGGGGCGGGGGAGGCGGCAGCUGCGGUGCAGACAGGCGGAACGGGCAGCGGGGCUGGGGAGGCGGCAGCUGCAGUGCAGACAGGUGGAACGGGCAGCGGGGCUGGGGAGGCGGCAGCUGCAGUGCAGACAGGCGGAACGGGCAGCGGGGCGGGGGAGGCGGCAGCUGCGGUGCAGACAGGCGGAACGGGCAGCAGGGCUGGGGAGGCUGGGCGACAUAAGAAGCAGCGUGCUAAUGGUGGUGCUUCUAGAUCCAAUUGCGGCAAGGGUGCGCAGGUUCCCAAUGCUUACAUGCUGUUCUGCAAGGAGCAGCAUGAGUUGGCAACUUCUGAGGGCACCACCAUUCAUGUGAAGUAUGGGGUGCCAUCGGCAGGGGUCUCCAGCCUGCUGGGCAAACUGUGGUCGGACUUGCCCCUGGCGGAGAAAAGUGCAUACAGUGAGAAGCAUGCCGCGCUUAAGGCGGCUAAGGACAGCUUCGAUACCUGA